CUCCGACACUGCCGUGCGUCGUGUGCUAGCGAUACCGGAACUCCGCGACAUGAUACUGAGCUAUAACGACCCAGCAACGAACGCUGUCUGCGCGAGAGUCUGCCGGGCGUGGUGCGAUCCGGUACUGAACGUGCUGUGGGGAGAGGUCAGCGACUUGACGCUAUUGUUUCGUCUCCUUGGGCCCCUGUGGCAGGCCGACAAUGGGGAGUACGCAGGUUUCUCAGGGUACCAUACGCCCGGUGAACGAGACUGGGACAGGUUCGUGCGGUAUGGGUCGAGGGUCCGGACACUCAUAUACGACACAUACAAGAAGUCCACGACUAUACGCCUGGAGCUUUUCGAUGUGUUCGCACGGACCCGUCCUUCCUUGUGGAUGUUACCAUCGCUGAAGGAGUUAACGUGGCUUACCAAUGACUAUUCACAGCUCGACGCCACGGUGCUCUUCAUGCACGAACGUGUACGCAAGCUGGCCUUCUCGAUACCCGUUAUCCCGGAGGGCUACGUCGCCGUGUGUCUGCAGAAACUCAAUUCGUUCUGCGAGAAAGUCGUUGCACGGAUGCCCAACAUAACGCACCUGGACGUGCGGGUUAGGGGUCCUCCUGUGUCCGCCCAGGUAUUUCAGCCGCAUAUUCUCUACCUUAUACGCGGGCUGCCAAGAUUGGAGAAGAUCAUACUCCCCAUGUACUGGGUUACGGCCGAGGUGAUGAACGUAGCCUCAAAGCUGCAAAACCUGGGUACACUUCAGUUCGAAACUGUCAAGGGCCAAGGUGAAGGUUACCGCUCAGACGUAGAGUGUCUCGCCCCCACAUUCAGCCCAGGCUCGUUUCCGGCAUUAUGGGAUUUGUCGUUGAAUGGCCUUCUGUCUGACUGCACAAACCUACUCGAUUCUCCGCACGCACCGUCGAACCUUACCACGAUCGCUGUGCACUCGGUUGUAAUGGAGACUGCCACUGCGAUCCAGCAAUUCUUCGAAUGUCUGGCCCGCAACUGCCGGGGCUUGCAAGAGCUCUACGUCGUCGCCGUAGACCCGCGAUCCCCCCUGCGGCGAAGCGAAGAGCGCAUCACCCUGCAAACCCUCGCACCUCUCUUCGCCUGCGCGAAGCUCAAGACGCUCGAGCUCCUGCACGAGUACCCAAUGAACAUGAGCCAAGAGGACAUGGAAGUCGUCGCGACGAAAUGGCCGCUGCUCGAGCAGCUCAAGCUUUGCAGCGAGCCCUUCACGCAGGAAAAGUCCACGCUGACGCUGCGCGCGCUGCUUCCGUUCGCGCGGCACUGCCCGAACCUCGAGUUCCUCGGGCUCUACGUCGACGCGACCGCCGCGGACCUGCCCCUCGCGACGCCGCCGCCCUUUCAGCGCCUGCGCAGGCUCUCGCUGGGGCUGUCGAGCCUGCAGGAGCCCGGGCCUGUCACCAUCUUCCUCGCGCGGCUGUGCCCGCUCGGGUGCCGCGUCGAGAGCGGCGCGACGUGGGCGGCGGGGUGGCAGCCCGAGGGCUGGACAGAGUUUGGCGAGAAGAAUGAGUUCACUGACGGCGUGAACGAGUGGGCGCGCCGCUGCGAGAUGUGGGAGGAGGUCGACCGGAUGCUGCCCUUGCUGGUGAAGGCCCGUUUGGACGAUCGGUAUAAAAUGGUUGAGAUGACGAGGAAGAUUGAGGAUCUCGAGGCGAGGAACAGCGUGUUUGUGGGUACGCGCCAGAUAGCGAAGGAUUACGGCUGUGUUGUCUGCUAGGGCCGCAAUAUGGAAGAUAAUGGUUGUUCUUUAUUGUUAUCUACUGGUCUCGACAAGACUGCUUAUACUCAUGUAUAUUAGUGUAUUCCUGACCCAAUGUAUUGCAUACUACCGGGACUUCGAACCAUCAGAACACCCUGCGACAAACUGAAGCAUAACAUACCAUAGUGUAUCGUCAAUACAUCAUAGGGCCC